AUGAUACUGUUAAUGGAUAGAAUUGCAUCAGAAUUUGAUGCAAAAAGUGGAUUUGAUAGAAAUAAUAUUACUGUUCAUACACUUGUUCUUAAUAGAAACAAAGAUCAAAAGAUUACAUGUAAAAGAUUUGAUAGAGAUAAAUGUUCAUGGUUUUGUGAUUCAAUGAAUAGAUGUACAUGUUCAAUGUGUUAUGAAAAUGAUUAUUUCUACACAUUAUGUGAUGUAGAAACAGGGUUAUGUAUUCAACGGCAUAAAGCUAAACCAAAAGCAAAGAAAGAAUGUUCAGAUAGAUGUAUAGUUUCAUAUGAAUGUAGAAAUAUUGAAAGAUAUGUUAUUGAACAAUAUAAUAACAUGCCAACAAAAAGUAAAAUGAAUUGUACUAUAUUGUGA